AUGGAAAUUCAAAAUAUUGUUGACCUUAUUACUUCAACUGAUAGUUCUGACAAUGAGUUUGAACCCCAAGUUAGACGCCCACGUGUAUUUAAAGAAAGACGCAAUUAUUUACUUACUAUGAAUAAYGAGGAGUUUAAAAAACGAUUUCGAUUAUCCAAAAAUGCAGUGGUUCACAUUAUAGACCAAAUCCGAGACAAAAUUGCACAUCGAACAGAUCGGAAUAAUGCGGUAUCACCUGAAAAUCAAGUACUCUUGACACUAAGAUUUUAUGCAUYGGGGACAAUUUAUCAAGCAGUAGGAGAUUUUGUGGGUGUUAGCACGGCAACUGCUGGAAGAAUUAUACCCAGAGUUACUCAUGAGAUAGCUAAGAUGAGGAAAGAUAUUAUACGCAUGCCUUCUACCCAAGAAGAAAUUAAUCAAGCUAAACUUAAUUUUUUUUCAAUCGCUAAAUUUCUCAGAGUUAUUGGUGUAAUUGACUGCACACAUGUAAAAGUUUUAUCUCCAGGGGGAGAUAAUGCAGAAAUUUUUCGAAACAGAAAAGGAUACUUUUCUAUCAACGUACAAAUUGUAGCUGGAGCUGAUCUAAAAAUUAAAAAUAUAGUUGCUCGAUGGCCGGGCUCAGCACACGACAGUAACAUAUUUUCGAACUCCCGAAUCAGAGCCCAAUUUGAAGACAAUAUGUUUGGAGACGCAUUAUUGCUUGGAGAUAGUGGGUAUGGAGUAAGCAAUUAUAUGAUGACAAUUUUAAAUGAACCUAGAACUGAAGGAGAACAAUUGUACAAUGAAUCACUGAUUAGGACAAGAAAUACAGUUGAAAGACUUUUUGGUGUGUUAAAAAGACGAUUUCCUAUUAUUUCACUUGGGAUAAAAUCAUCUCUAGARUUAACACAAGGAAUUAUUGUGGCUUGUGCUGUAUUACAUAAUAUAGCACGUGAUUUCAAUGAAGAAGAAUUAGAAUUUUAA